AUUUUAAGAAAAAUGCUUCCUCUGUUUUCUCAACUAUCACUUUUAUCUUAAGUUUAAUAUAAAUUUGGUAAAGUACAAUGUUUCCAGACAAUAAUUUAUACAAUACGUCAAAAAAAGUGGGUUUAAAGUAUCCCGAUUCCGCGUUAAAUCAGCGGAUUUGGCAACACUGAGGAACAGUAAGCGGUUGCCAGAUGAUGCGUGACUGCGUCACCGUGCGUUGUAACGUCACCGCCAUGCGUUCGUGAAAGAGUUUAAUACAUAAUAUCGCGAGUACUUAUAUUAGUGCUUCACGCAGGCUACUGUAGACUUGUAAAUGAGAAUUGGUUCAUAAAGUGGAUCUGGAGAACAAAAAUGAUUUUGUGUUUAGAUUUUUACUGUGGAAUUAAUGUUUGCUUAUCCCUGCAAUCUACAUCAAACGUCAUAUAGCUGUCUCGUUUCGGAAGGCCGCGUCCCUGUAUCCUCUAAAGGAUGCAUAGGCUAUGUGGAGGAUCCUUCACUAGAAUCAAACGAGACGUUCUUCGUACUUCCUGUGACAUACUGGCAGAAAAGGAAACAGGAAAUACCACGUUGCCAUGACAACACGUUGCACUCCCACACCAGUCAAAUUAAUUAAAAUGAUUUCUGCAUGACUUUAAGCGUCUACCCUAAACAAUGCCCAACGAGUUAAACAAAUGUAUGCAUCGCUGUUUUAAACGUUUAAAAUCGCUAAACCUAUUUACUGCAUAUGCCUGUUAGGAUUUAAACGUGACACAAGUUGUAAACUUAACAUUUAAACGCCACGUAUUUGAUUGAAUCUGCAGCUGCUGGCGUCUAUUCAAAUGGCCGACGCAAAGAAUUGUGGGUUAUCCCCAGCAAUGAAGGACGCAUCUCAUGUGUCCUCCGAAUUCUCGUGAAAGUAGGUCGCAUUACAAGGGUGCAUAAGGAGGGUCCUUCCUCCUUUUAUGAAACGAGACAGUCGCAAAGUCUUCAAAUGAGACCUCCGAGACUAGACACAGCUUAUAGCUCAGUUUUUUAACAAAAGUGGGUCUUCUCGCGUCUAAUUUAUGUUAGAAGAUCCUUUCAAAAGUGAUGGACUGUAUAACUCACUUUACUGGAGAAUAAAAGGACGGUGUUUUAUGUGUUUUAUACAGGAGCCUAAGAGGUACAAGACUGAGAAUUACAGGUUUUUCUGGCUUCGCUUAACUGCUGUACAGUGGUUUACUGGUGUUGCUAGGCAACGUGACUUCAGGGAUUUCUCUUGGAUAUCUUGCUUGAAAGAGAAUUCAAUUUCACCCCUAAAUUAGCACAGAGCGAUUGGCAUGCGCAUGGACGGAUUGGAUUAAACAGCAGUAUAUAAAUGUCUUUCUGUUUCUCCUUUGCAGGUCCACAUAUCCGUAUUUAAAUACCGUGUUUUACAUGUCAAUUUGUCUUUUAUCUGAAAUGUGAUUUACAUAUGACUUUCUGGACACAAAAACCGGGCACAGAACGUUGACAAUUUUAUGACAGGCCACUCAGCCUGGCUGACGCCAGAUGAGCCUCAUACAGUCAUUUAUACCUACGGUUCUCUUUUGUGGAAGAAGAGCUCUUUCAGCUGAAUCACAAAUUGCUGUAAAUGUUUUUCUUCUUCUGACGCAGAUUAAUGAGACACACACAUGCACAAAUAUUUCAUCACUUUCAUCCUUUAAAUGUAAAAUAACUAUAUUUUCUAAAGUAUGGUUAAAUUAGACCCCUUAUAUGUACUGUAUAGACUAAACUGUGAUGUAUUCAUAUUAAAUCGGGUUUGAUGACUUGUUUUAACUGCCAUGCCAUCCUCUGCUCACCACAACCCUUUCCUGUCUAAAUCCAGUUACCACAUUACCCCAUUUGUCUAAAAGACCACCCCUUUAGCCCCUAUAAAUGCUCCUGACUUGCCCAUCAGCACAACUAACGAUGUCUGGAGUAUCCUACAAGACAUAUGCUGCCUUCCUCAGAUUGUUGUGUUGUUUCCACAUAGUCUUCCCUGUCCAUCUGUAUGAUGCAAAGUGCGGCCUCUCAGGGCCAAGAACCACCCUUAACCGUUCUGUGAGGAUCAUCGGAGGGUCCGAGGCCAGACAAGGGUCCCAUCCAUGGCUGGUGUCUCUCAGGAUCAGAGGGUCACAUUUCUGUGCUGCAGCCAUCUUGACAGAUCACUGGCUUUUAACAGCUGCUCAUUGUUUUGCGAGUUUAUCAGUGGACCUCCUGCACUCUGUCGAGGCUGUAGCAGGUGAUUUUAAUCUCAGAAAGGUCGACCGAGGGGAGCAGACCUUCGGCGUAAAGACCGUUAAGUUCCAUGAAAAGUAUCACCACUCCUCGCCAAUGAGCCAUGACAUCGCUCUCCUGGAGAUCAAAGGACGUAUUCAGUUUGGUAAUUUGAUCAAGCCUUUAUGUCUUCCAAAUCCUGGAGAGAGGUUCCCACCUAAGACCAUGUGUGUUGUUGCUGGUUGGGGUCGUAUUAAAGAGAGAGGACCGCUGCCUUUGAUUCUUCAGGAGGUGGAUUUGGACGUGGUGGAGCAAAGCAGAUGCAAACAAGUUCUGCAAACUCUUAGACCUGGACAAAAGGUCUUUACAGUCCUGUGUGCUGGUCCAGAGAGAGGAGCUAGAGAUGCCUGCCAAGGGGAUUCUGGGGGUCCUCUUCUCUGUCCCAGGGCAGACGGUAGCUUGGUAGUAGUUGGGGUCACCUCAUGGGGUAAGGGUUGCGGCCGAAGCUGGAAUAACAACAAGAUAAAACCUCCAUCGAGAAGAGGCUCUCCUGGAGUAUUCACUGAUGUCUCAUUGUUCCUGUUAUGGAUUAAGAUUAAUCUUAAGAAAGGUUUGAACAGACCUCUGUGCGGUGUAGAAGAUGGUGUUGUAUCUGACAGUAAAGGCAUUAUCAGAAAUCCAGCUCAUUUGGGGAAAAGCUACAAUAACAAUGAGAUAUGUCUGUGGUCCAUUCGUGUCACAGGUGGUAAACAUGUUUUAUUGGAGUUUCAAGAGUUUGGCCUGGAGAACGACAUGCGGUGCCAAAGCGACCAUUUGACAGUGUUUGUGGAUGGAAACAGGCAAAUCGGGCAGUUCUGUGGCAGUCAAACUCCUCCUCCAAUUCUUAUCGUGGGUCCCCAAAGUGUCACAGUGCAGUUUGUGUCUGAUGUAAGCAGAACAGGGACCGGAUUCAUCAUGCAGUUCAGCGACGUUGGGGAAGAGUAUAGUUUUGCAGAAUGUGGAACAGUGGUGCUGUUACAAUCCAAAGAGACUGUGCAGAGCCCCGCCCACCCACAACCCUACAACAACAACAUCCUGUGCCGUUGGGUCAUCUAUGCCCCAGAAGGUUAUAUAGUCAAGCUAAACUUCAACGACUUUGACCUUGAAGAGUCUGAGAACUGCCAAUAUGAUUCGCUUACAGUUUUUGGAGAUAUUAAUGAAGAGGACGAAAUAGUGGCUGUAUGUGGCAGAAGUGUUCCCCCAGCUGUCCUCAGCUCCAGUCAUAUAAUGGUUCUGCAGUUCAGCACAGACAGCAACGUAUCCGGCCGCGGUUUCAACGCCUUCCUUUCUUUUAUCAGCAAAAAAGAUCUCAGAGAUACGGCGUAUGAAGAUAACCGGGAGGAAGCAGAUGAUAACAUCAAAAUUAUUUCACCACAUUUACAGCCAGCUGCGUGUGGAAUUCCUGCUGUCUAUGCUGCCUCUGCGUUGGACGCCCUGAGGGAAGCAGAGGAUGAUGGGAUUCAUGCCUGGCUGGGGCACGUGAGCAUUGGUCUGGGUGCAGGUCAUGAGUGCAGUGGGGUUAUUAUCCGAAAAACAUGGAUUCUUACUGUUGCGCACUGUGUCUAUAACCUGGAGGAGAAAGCGUUGAGAUUUAUUACAGUAAGAACAGGGAGUAUAAAGGAACAGACCGGUGAUGUCAUCAGAGUUCUCAUACACCCUCAUUUCAACUCCUCCUCUCUGAACUACAAUGCAGCUUUGCUUCAGCUUAACUCUCCUUCAAGUCUUGGUGAAAGCACACGGCCUGUCUGUCUCCCCUCGGCUGGACAGGAUAUCCCCCUCUCCCUCCGCUGCUGGACCAGCCAAAUGUCAGGACAUGGCCGGUACCAAUCAGUACAGCUAAAAAUAUCCUUGCUGGAAAGAACAGUGUGUGAACAACACUUCAGAAGCAGAUUGACACCUACUAUGCUAUGUGCUGGACUGACUGAACUGGACACUGCAGGGUCGUGCAUGUCUCAGUGGAUAGAUUCAGGAGGACCUCUAUUUUGUCUCAGCAAUAUAUCCAGUGUUGUUUUGAUGGGGAUGAAGAGCUGGGGAGAACCAUGUGGUGGGAUGCAGAGAUCCGCAGUGUAUACUUCAGUUCCAGACCUCAUGCACUGGAUCUCACAGGAGCUGGACACAAAGUGAAGACACAGACAUAUGAACAACAUUCUUUGUUCUACUUUGUAUUCUGUAACCCUCACAAAAUAACUAAAAGUGAAUUAUAAAUAAAUACAAAUAUUUUGAA